AUGAAGUCGCUCUUCGCAUUAGCUACUGCUUGUCCUGCAGCUUUUGCACUCAGCUUGUCGUCCUAUUUGUAUCAGGGUCAAAUUCACCUCAGCGAGCCAGAAAUCAAAGUGCCAGUCCAGCUUGGAGUCAUGAGUCGCUGCCCUGAUGCCUUGUUAUGUGAGAGCACGUUCGACGAAGUGCUACACAAAGUUGGGAGCAAGCUGGAUCUCUCGCUCGUCUACGUUGCAAAGUUCGAUGAAUCCGAAUCCGACUUCGGCGUUCGCUGUAUGCAUGGUCCCGAGGAAUGCGCAGGAAAUGUUCAACAAUUGUGCGUUCACAAAUAUGCUUCCCCCUCAACGUGGUGGGAGUUCGUCAAAUGCCAAAACUAUCACGGAAGGCAGAAGAUAGGUGAACCCGAUCUGGCACUAAAAUGUGCCCAAACGGCCGGCGUAGACUGGGAAGCAAGCGGUGCUGGAAAGUGUGCUGGCCUUGACGGGAGUGGCAAGGGGACAGAGGGUGUCGCUUUACUAAAGGAGAGCGUUGCUCUGGGUGCAAAACUAGGUGUCACCCUCAAUUCAGCCCGCACCGCGACCUACCGCGACCCACCUUGUCAUUUUCCAAUGCAAGUGUAUCGAAGUAGCCCAAGGCUUCUGAGGCAGUCGGUAUUUGUCUCUUCACUCGGACCCGUUUGCCGCCGCAAUGCAAGCUUCCUUCGGCCUUUGGACUGGGUGAAAGAAAAGCUGGCAUCGGGAAUCAAGGAGACACAAUCACCGGAGGAGGUCCAGGCUGCUAAGGAGCAGGCGAAGAAGCUAGGCACCUCCAAUGUCUUCGAGGAUGUUGUUACCGUCAAACCUCCAGCUCUUCCGCGGGCGAAAAAGGCGAAGGAUGUUGUAAAGAGCAAAUUGCCUCCCAAGCAGCGGCCUAACUCUCAUAAAUACUCGACGGCCAACUUCAAAAUCUCGCACCGUAAGCUUAACAUGUUGGGGCGUCAAAUCGCAGGAAAGCCUAUAGAUUAUGCAAUUCUGCAAAUGCAAUUCAGCGAAAAGCGUGCCAGUAUGAGAAUUAUGAACAUGCUCGCGACGGCUCGCGACCAUGCUGGUCGAUACAAGCGUCUACAGGAAGGAAAGCUGGUUGUUGCGGAAGCAUGGGCGACCAAGGGCAAGCGACCCCCCACGAGGAUAGAACCUCGAGGGCGUGGCCAUUAUGGCACACGUACACAUCCCAACUCCAAACUCACUGUCGUGUUAAAGGAAGGAAAGACGAUAGAGGAGCAAAAAGCCGCUGCGAGGAAAAAGAAGCUUAAUAGAAUUGUCUCUGCUGCCUUGCAAAGGGAAGACAAGCCCAUCCGUAAUCCUUCACCGACAUGGGGAUGGUAA